UUAUGGCUACUCAGGCAACACGUGGCUUUGAUGAGGUGUUUGUAGAACCGCUCAGUGAGAGGUUGACGUGCCCUAUCUGUCAUGUAGCGUUUAGAGAACCAGUGCUAACUCGAUGUGGCCACCAUUUUUGCAACAGCUGCUUGACGCCAUGUCUACAGCAGUCUGCUUCUUGUCCCGUGUGUAGGAUGGAAUUGAAAGCAUCAAAUAUUUUCCCUAACAAUGCAAUGAAGAGAGAAAUACUGGACUUGACUAUCAAAUGUUGUUUACAUGAGAAAGGCUGUGCGUGGACUGGUGAACUAAGAAAUGGUGAGACGCAUGACAGAGAAUGUCAGUUUGUAGAUGUUGUGUGUGAGAAUGAAUGUGAGCAAUUGAUAAUGAGAAAAGACGAGGAGGAUCAUGUGGCAAAUCAUUGUCUGUACCGAAUGGUCUCUUGUCAGCAUUGUGACCUCAAGAUGAAGCAACUAGUAAUAGAUGAUCAUUACAAAGAAUGUGACCAGUAUCCCAUAGACUGUACAUACAAGUGCGGCAUGAUGGUUCAGAGAUGUAAAAUGGAAGAUCAUAUUGGCAGGCAGGGAACAUGUCCAAACAGUCUUCUUGAUUGUGAUUUCGAGGACAAUGGCUGUCAGUUUAGAGGAAAUCGUCAUGAUUUAUGCAAACAUAUUGAAAACAACAUUGGUUUGCAUUUUAGUUUGAUUGCAAGUGCACUGAAAGAAACAAACAAGAAAUCAGCUGCUAGUGAACAUCAAUUGAAACUGGAAAUGAAUAACACAAAGGAAGAACUAAGAGCUACUAGAGAUGAACUGGCAGAAACUAGAGAUGAAUUGGCAGAAACUAGAGAUGAAUUGGCAGAAACUAGAGAUGAAUUGGCAGAAACUAGAGAUGAAUUGGCAGAAACCAGAAACAAAUUGGCAGAAACUAGAGAUGAAUUGGCUGAAACCAGAAAUGAAUUGGCAGAUCUUGGUCCGAUUGCAAGUGAAUUAAAAGAAACAAAGCAGAAACUAUCUGCCACCGAGCAUGAACUGGCAGUUACUAGAGAUGAAUUGAAAAACAAUAGAGGUAACCUGAUGGACACAACUAUGAAACUGUCUCUUGUACAUAUCCCACAAACACAAAACCAGUUUCUGUUCACUUGGAGAAUCGAUCAUUGGCACUAUCAGGUGAAAUUGCCAAAAGUAUCAAAGUAUGUUAUGCCCCACAUUCGUAGCAGUCAGUUCUGUGUUUAUCCUGGGUAUCACAUGUAUAUUAGUGCUUAUCCAAAUGGUUAUGACGCCCUCAGCGAAAACUACCUUAGUGUAUUUCUGUUUGCAGUUGAAGGUGAACUUGAUAAGAAAAUCAAGUGGCCAUUUCCCUUUUCUUUUGAUUUUGAACUUGUAGACCAACAAUGUGGAGAAAACAAUAUUCGUCGACAACGAUCACCACCCUAUGGAGAAGCACUGGCAUCUUCUUCAUGUGGUAACGGAUGCGGUUUUCCAAUAUUUGCUAGUCAUGAACAAUUGCAGUCACGUUUCUUCAUCAAAGAUGGUUCUAUUUGUAUAAAGCUGUGGGUUUAUGUCAAAAAUGAAGAUAAUCACUUGACAGAAACAUUUCUAAACACUUUUAGAUGUUAGCUAGAGCUGCUUUUCAUAUAUUUUUAUACCUCGCUCUGUGUGUUAGGUUGUAGAUGCUUGUAACAUUGCGUUUUGCUUAUUUCAAUUUAAUUAGAAAUUAGGACAUGAACUGUAAUCACAACUAGCU